GGCGUGGAGCGGACAGCGCGCGGACCCGGCGCCGCCUUCCCGGACCGCGCAGCCCGGAACGCACACAAGGCCCCGAAGGUCCCAGGGAUGGAGGGUCGAUAGCUCAGACCCAGCAAUGGCCCGGGCCUCGUGAGAUCCAAUGUCCAGGAACCCUGAUGCUGGACAGUGCAGACAGAGGACCCAGGGCCGCCGACCAUGGUCACGCUCAUCACUGAGAAGCUGCAGAACCAGAGCCUAGAUGACCUCGCCCGCAAGACCUAUGAUGCCAGCCCGUAUUCUACUGAGAGAGUGAACAAAAGCGGGGGCUUGUUCUCCUUUGGCCUCAAUGUGGUCAAGAGCCCCUGGAAGGUCGUGAGUGGAGGAAGGCCGGCCCGCAGCGGCGAGGGGGCCCAGCACGCGGGCUUCCCCUUCCCGCCCCCCGGCCCCUUUGGCCCGGCGCCCCCCAUGGGCUUGCAGUGGCGCCCCGAGGCCCCCGGCGCGGCGGCGGCAGCGGAGGGCGGCAGCGACAGCGACGUGAGCCUCGGCGAGCACGCGGGGCAGCCCUUGGCCCCGCCGACCAAACGGCACUGCCGGUCCCUGUCGGAGCCCGACGAGCUGGCGCGCUGCCGCUCCCCGUGGAGGCCGGAGGUGGAGGCCCUGACAGGGUCCGUCGGCAUGCGGUUUCUAUCUCAGACCGAGGCUGCCAGCCUGUCGUGUGACCCCCCUCCCCCGGGACAAUGCCAGCAGCCCCUCCCUCUCUUGCAGACGUUAAAGAAUUCCAAGAGCCUCUGUUCCCUGGACUACGAGGACGACGAGGAGGAUGAGGCCCACGUGAAGACAGUAGUGUCCUCCCCGCGCGACGCACACGGCCUCACGAGCGCCGUCUCGCCGGCCCCCAGCCCCGCCCGCCCCCGCCCUUGGACCCCGAGGGAGCACGAGGGCCCUGGGGCCGCCAGCGAUGGAGACAGCGCUGGGGAGGAGGAGGGGGGCGUCUUCCCCCUGGACUGUGGGGACCUGGACCUGGAGCAGAUCGAGAAUAACUGAGGGCCGCUGGGCGGGGCCCCCCAGGAGGAACUUGCGGCCCUGCCCACCACGGUUUGAACAUUAAGGCCUCCUUUUGAUUAAAAAUUCCCUAAAGAAAUAUUUUGCAUUUUUAUGGCUUUUACAGUUCUGGAGAAAGCGUCUCUAUUUUGGAAUGAAUUUUCAGAAGGGCAUUCUAUUAAACUCACGUCUGCAAAUCCA